AUGGAAAGCAGCCAGAGUCCACUCAACCCAGAGAGGAGACUGUUGGGUUCUGCAGAAAGCCAGGACAUGUCUGACCUGCAGAACCUUGCUCUGCGCUGGUUCAUGGAGACGCAGGCUCCCCUCAUUCUGGAGAAUGGAGUCCUGCCCCCCUGGUUCCACGGAUUCAUCACACGCAAGGAGACGGAAAAGCUGCUCAGGGACAAGGCCCUUGGUUCCUUCCUCAUCCGAUUCAGCGAUCGGGCCACUGGAUACAUCCUGUCCUAUAGGGGCAGUGACCGCUGCCGCCAUUUCGUCAUCAACCAGCUCCCCAACCGGCGCUACCUCAUCUCAGGAGACAUCCAGAGCUAUGGUACUCUGGCUGAGUUGGUGUGUCACUACCAGCACGUGGAGCUGGAGCCCUUCGGGGAGACCCUGGCUGUGGCCUGCCCCCGGGUGGAAGACAGUGAACUGUAUGAUGCCAUCUCUCUGGGGCUCCACAAGCCCAGCCCAUCUGCCACGGUGUCUCUCCCAGUGGUCCCCAACAAGGCCUCUAGCCCUGGGACCUCUCCAAAGCCACAGGAUUCCUUCCUGCAUGCAAAGAAGAGUGCAGAGAGACAGGGGACUGUCUCCAAGGAGGAAGAUGUGAAGGACCCCACCAGGGUGCCACCCCUCCCAGAACGCAGUGCCUCACUUCUGGACAAGUCCCCAGGAGGCCCCAAUGAAAUUAUCUAUGCAGACAUGAGGAAAAUAAAGCAGAUGAAAGGGUGCCUGGGCACUGAGGCAUCUGGUGGGCUCAAGCCGGUUCCAAGCCAGGAAGCCCCACAGAGUCUCUUAGAUUCAAGCCAGAACCAUCCUGGUUCUGGUUCAGGAUCCCCUUCAGCCUGGGGCACACUCCUGCUCCCCAGUUCUGGGGUCCCAGGCUCUCCCUCCCUACCCUGGAGUCAGGGGUCUCAGCCCAGCUCAUCAGACAGCACAACCGACACCUAUGAAGUCAUUGGCUCUGACAUACUUGCUGACAAGACCAGGCCCAAGCAGAAGGAGGAAAGCCCCUACCAAAAGAUCCAGGUCUGUUGGGGGACCCAGACACAGAGCCCCCUGAAGAAAGGCUCGGAGUUCACGGACUAUAGCAAUGAGAAGAUCUCAGAGGGCCCUUGGCUCCCCGAACUUGAUCCUGGGAACACCUAUGAGCAGAUCCCAAUAGCCAGGAAGAAGGACCCUGGACGGGCCCAGAAGCCCGAGAAGCUCCGAAAUCUCUUCUUUGCUGACAAGAAGCCCAGAGCCUGA